GCCCGUUCGUUCAAAAAGUAUGGCGUAUCCAUAGAUCUGGUUUCGUUUGUAUGUUGAUCACAUGAUGUUAGAUCCGAUGGUCAUUUGGGAAUAGAUUUUGUUUUAUUAUGCUGGAAAUGGAAAUUUUCAGGGCGUGUUCUUGCUCCCUUGGAACGGCCUGGAUCUGAUCUUGAAACGUGGCUGGUGAACUGGAGCCUCGACUCAGGCGCUGGCCGGCGACUCGACCGAGAGCGAUCGAGCGGAUUGGAUCUGACACCGCCGGGGCUUUGCUUGCAUUGAACUCCCUCCGGCGAAACCCAAGUCCACCGCGGGAUCGACACGCGAGGCCGGGAUCCCACUGCUGCCUCGCCAGCAGGAGGGGUGACCGGGUGAGGCGGAGAUGCUGAGCGUGACGCGGCUGACGCUGCUGCUGUGCGCGGCGUGGGCGGCGGCGCUGCUCUACGGCGAGGCGGGCACCUACUGGGCCUCCUACCUCGCCUGCUCGUGGCCCUCGUCCUCUUCCUCCUCCUCGCCGCCGAAUAACCAUGUGAAGGUUGCCAUUAUUGCUGAUCCACAGCUCAUGGACAGCACGUCCCUUGGUCUUCCACCAAGCUCAAUUGCUCUCCAAGCAGCUGAGUUUUACACAGAUUUGAACAUGAGAAGGUCCUUCCAGUCGGUCAUACUGCCGUUCAAGCCUGAUGUGGUCUUAUAUCUUGGUGAUCACUUUGAUGGGGGCCCAUACAUGUCCAAUGAAGAGUGGCAGGAGUCAUUGUUUCGAUUUAAGCAUAUAUUCAGCUUGAAUGAACAAAGAAUAAAGCCACAGAUCCCAAUCUACUACCUUUCAGGAAAUCAUGAUAUUGGUUACUCAGCAUUUCACUCAGUUCAUCCUGAGGUGCUCAGUCGGUAUGAAAAAGAAUUUGGAUCAAGAAACUACCAAUUUUCUGCUGGGAAGAUAGACUUUGUUGUUGUUGAUGCUCAAACACUUGAUGCAGGGGCUAAACAAAGCAAAGAAAGAUCCUCCUCUUGGGAGUUCAUUAAAACUCUAUCUCCAGGUAACGCAUCGAACCCAAAGGUUCUACUAACACAUAUUCCACUCUACCGACCUGAUAACACUCCUUGUGGCCCACAUCGUUCUUCACCUGUUAUAAAUCAGAGGAUAUCUUAUGCUGCCUUAGACCAAGGAAUCAUCUACCAGAAUUAUCUAAGUAAAGAGACAUCAGACCUUUUGCUAAGCUUAUUGAAGCCAGUCCUUGUGCUCUCAGGCCAUGACCAUGACCAAUGCACAGUCGUCCACUCCACUCCACUUGGGCCAGUAACAGAGCAUACCCUAGGGACAAUAAGUUGGCAGCAGGGAAAUCUCUAUCCAUCUUUUAUGCUGCUAUCUGCUGGGCUCAAGCUGUCACAAAAUUCAACUGAUGUGAAAAAUGAAGUUAUGACAAAUCUUUGUUUUCUGCCUAAACAAACCCAUAUUUAUAUCUGGUAUAUCUGCCAGUUUGUAGUUACCAUCCUUUUGCUAGCCUUUUGGCCAACAAAUGGUCUUAGCUCUCUUCCUUACAUGAACACACUCAUAAGCUUCAUGAGGUCAGUGGGUGCCGAACUGUUUUCAAGAACCAAAGAAAAAGACGAUGAGGAAGAUGGUGAAUAUGAAAUGGUUUGGGACGCAGAGGGGUCCAUGCACCUCGUUAAGAAGGCAGUGGCGAAGUCCCCCAGUGCUAGCUCAGACUCCAGAACUGUGGGGAGAGGAAGUGUUGUUGCAAGGGCGACAGCGAGAAAGCACCAAUUGGAGCCUGAUUCAUCUGUUCUUGUCGAGAUGAGCUCCGCGAUGACAUCAGAAGAUGGAGGGAAGUUGCUCCGCCCUAGCAAAUCGAAAAUAAGGAAGGUGCUCCAACGGCUGUUCCGCGUCAUUCAGUCGAUUGUUGUCAUUGCUGCAGUGAAUGCCCCUCUGUACAUGAUGCUUCUGUUCAAGGAUUGGAUUGACCGUUGAACAGGAUGUCAGCGGCUUUCUCUUUUAGUAAUUCAAUAGAGUGAUAGCCAUAGGAAGACCUGCACUUACAAAGAUUGGUGAAGCACACAAAUUUUGUUUUUGCUCAAUGCAUCAAAUAAUUUAUAUAUUCAAUAUGGACGAUCA